UCAGAAGAGCAGGCUCUGGCUGGAGAGAGAAGGCUCAGGAUGCCCAGCUGCCUCCUAACACUGACCAGAGUGGUGCUGAGCCACAAGCCCUGGRCUCUGUUURUCCUCAUCUUUAUGUUCGUGUCCUUCGCCUACAUCAAGUUGUACUGGAGGAUCUGGGAGAACCCAAAGAACAUAGACUACUCCUACACCUUGUCUGCUGAAAGCAGCUGUGCACAUUCUGUGCCUUCUUCCCACAGCAUUGCUGCUGGGCCCUCUCCUUCCMCAGGGAAUGUGUUUUUUGUGGAGACGUCGGAGAAAAUUAACCCCAGUUAYCUGUUCUCAUGCUCUGUGGAGUCAGCGGCCAGGACACACCCAGGGUCAAGAGUUGUGGUGCUCAUGAAAGGCUUGGCCAGUGCGAAUACCUCCUUACCUGAGCACUGGGCUUUUUCCUUGCUGAGAUGCUUCCCCAAUGUGGAAAUCCGGCCCCUCGACCUGACAGAGCUCUUUUCUGGAACACCUCUAAAAAAGUGGUACUUGUGGCCUCUGCGACACUGGGAGCCUCAUUUUGUACCCGUUCUUUCUGAUGCCUGCAGGAUUGUCCUCAUGUGGAAGUUCGGUGGCAUCUACCUGGAUACAGACUUCAUUGUGCUUAAGAACUUGGAAAACCUCACCAAUGCUAUUGGGAUCCAGGAUGAGGAUGUACUGAAUGGGGCCUUUUUGUCCUUUAAGCCCAAGCACGAAUUCAUGGAGCUUUGCAUGCAGGACUUUGUACAGAAUUACAAUGGAUGGGUUUGGGGGCACCAGGGCCCAGAGCUCGUAACUCGUGUCUUCAAGAAGUGGUGCUCCCUCAAGACUAUCACRAGCAUGAGCUGUAAAGGUGUGCAUGCUCUUGCCCCAGAAGCUGUUUACCCUAUUCCCUGGCAGGACUGGAGGAAGUUGUUUGAGUCCAUCAGUGUCUUGGAGCUUCACAAGCUCCUUGAGAACAGCUAUGCAGUGCACAUAUGGAAUAAAUUGAGUCACGGGACCAAGUUAGAGGUCCCCUCUCAGGCUCUGCUGGCUCAGCUCUAUUCCCAGUUCUGYCCUGCCACCUAUGCAAAGAUGAAGCAGGAUGCUGAAGAGUGAUCAAUGCGUGCAGUGUGA